GUCCUUCUCCGCCUCAGCCCCGCGGCGGUGUAACCGCCUAGCACGCACGCCACCCGGCAGUGCCCCGGCUCCGGCUGCUGGGGAACAUGGAGUUUGCGGAGCUGAUUAGGACCCCACGGGUGGACAAUGUGGUGCUGCACCGGCCUUUCUAUCCCGCCGUCGAGGGGACCUUGUGUCUGACUGGCCACCACCUGAUCCUGUCCUCCCGGCAGGACAACACGGAGGAGCUGUGGCUCCUCCAUUCAAACAUCGACGCCAUCGACAAGCGAUUUGUGGGACCACUGGGUACCAUCAUCAUAAAAUGUAAAGAUUUUCGAAUUAUUCAGUUGGAUAUUCCUGGAAUGGAGGAAUGUUUGAAUAUAGCCAGUUCCAUUGAGGCAUUGUCCACCCUGGACUCCAUCACUCUGAUGUACCCUUUCUUUUACCGGCCCAUGUUUGAAGUGAUAGAAGACGGCUGGCAUUCUUUCCUUCCGGAGCAAGAGUUUGAAUUCUACUCUUCAGCUACCAGUGAAUGGAGGUUAAGCUACGUCAAUAAGGAAUUUGCUGUCUGCUCCUCUUACCCACCAAUUGUCAUAGUGCCCAAAUCCAUUGAUGAUGAAGCUCUUCGGAAGGUAGCUACAUUUCGACAUGGAGGACGCUUCCCAGUACUCAGCUAUUAUCAUAAAAAAAACGGAAUGGUAAUUAUGCGAAGUGGUCAGCCACUCACUGGCACAAAUGGGAGACGGUGCAAAGAAGAUGAGAAGCUGAUAAAUGCUACUCUCAGGGCAGGAAAGCGUGGCUAUAUCAUUGACACUCGAUCUCUGACUGUAGCUCAGCAAGCUAGAGCCAAAGGAGGUGGCUUUGAACAAGAAGCUCAUUAUCCCCAGUGGAGGCGGAUUCAUAAGUCCAUUGAGAGGUAUCACAUACUUCAGGAGAGCUUAAUCAAACUUGUGGAAGCUUGUAAUGACCAAACACAUAAUAUGGACCGAUGGCUCAGUAAAUUAGAAGCCUCGAACUGGCUGACUCACAUCAAAGAGAUUCUUACAACUGCGUGUCUAGCGGCUCAAUGUAUUGACAGGGAAGGAGCAUCCAUAUUGAUUCAUGGAACAGAAGGAACCGAUUCCACACUUCAGGUCACCUCCCUGGCCCAGAUCAUCUUGGAACCAAGAAGCAGGACCAUCCGUGGUUUUGAGGCCCUGAUAGAAAGAGAGUGGCUGCAGGCUGGUCACCCAUUCCAGCAGCGCUGUGCACAGUCAGCCUAUUGUAAUAGUAGGCAGAAGUGGGAGUCGCCUGUAUUUCUUCUCUUCUUGGACUGUGUAUGGCAGAUACUUCGUCAGUUCCCCUGUUCUUUUGAAUUUAAUGAGAAUUUCCUCAUCAUGCUUUUUGAGCACGCUUAUGCCUCACAGUUUGGAACGUUUCUGGGCAACAAUGAAAGUGAAAGAUGUAAGUUGAAGCUACAGCAGAAAACAAUGUCUCUGUGGUCCUGGGUCAAUCGGCCCAGUGAACUGAGUAAAUUCACCAGUCCUCUCUUUGAAGCCAACAAUCUGGUCAUCUGGCCUUCAGUUGCUCCACAGAGUCUUCACCUAUGGGAAGGUAUUUUCUUACGUUGGAACAGAUCCUCCAAGUAUUUGGAUGAAGCAUAUGAAGAAAUGGUUAACAUCAUUGAACAUAACAAGGAAUUACAAGCAAAAGUAAAUAUCCUUAGGAGGCAGUUGGCAGAAUUGGAAACUGAGGAUGGGAUGCAGGAGAGUCCCUGAAAGAUCUCCCCGCAGUCUUCGUGAGGACCGUCCCAGACCUGUAUCCCGCCUCUCUCUCCUUUUGCCCUUCGGUUCACUUUUACACAGUAGCCUUGAACUUGAGGCUUUAGAUGUGAGAACCCUCUAAUGUAAUGGAUUUCUCAAUACUUUAUGAAUGAAACUUACUAUAAUUACUCACGUUUUAUGUGGCUGUUAGGCCUCUUCACUUUGGGAGCAGGAAGGAGGUGCUAGUCAUUUUAUUUUAUGUGAAACAGGUAACCAGUGUAAUGCCAUUCCUGUUACAUGCCAUUUCAUCAUAAGCUUCUCUCUCUGUCCACUUUCCAAACAAUGCUCCAGACCAGUCAAGGAUAUGAUUAAUCUCUUUAGGGAAUAUUUGUUAGUUUAAAAAAAUGAUCAGACUUUUAAACACUCUGAAUAUAGAAAUUUUUUCAAAACUGAAAUGGUUGAUAAACCAAGAAUUUUGUGUUUAAUAUGCCAUGUCUGGUAUCUUUGCCACAUAAAAUAGCCAUUCUCUUUAAAAUAGUCUUAGACUAACAAAGCUGAAUUCAUUCUCAUUCUGGUUUGUCAAGAAAGGAAAAUCUGAAUAUUUAUUCAAGGUAAAUUAUUUUUACAAGGGCAAUAAGUAUAGUCUUCUGACAUUUACAUUGAGAAGAAGUAAGUUUAACAGUAGACACUAAAAGUAUGUGCAAUAUAGAAAUCAAGUAGGAAUUUGUCACUGAUACGGUAUCAUUACUGUUGAAUUGGUUUUUCAGGUUUUUGACCAUACAUAUUAAAUGUAUAUCAAAUGCUGGAUGUCACAUUACACCAUCAUUUAGAAUAGAUGUUAAUUUGUUAUAGUUAAGCUGCAAAUAUGGUUUCCUUAAACCAGAGAUGCACUCCCCUCGUCUCAACUUCUUAUUGCUCUGGUUUACGUACAUGUGUCUGUGUUUUAUUGCGUUUUAAGUAUUCUAAGAGUUUACUGAUACUAAGGUUAAAACUUUCAUGUUGGCUUGAGCCUUUUGAAAAUUUAUCUUGAUUCUGCUGAUUUGUCCAUUAUAUGUUAGGCAAAUAUAAUUUAAGUGGACGUGAACAUUUAUGAACAUGAUGCAGCUAUGUUUUAAACUUCAGAAACAGAUUUGAAAUGUUUCAGUGUUAUGGAAACAGUGAUGACUAUAUUUAUGCUGUACUGGUUUAUGCCUGCGACUCUAAAAGUUUGCGGUUCAGUGCUUUCCAUGUAUGUUUCUGUUUUGUGGCAUUGCUCAUUUUAAUAAAUACUAUCAAUUCUAGUUUUCCUUUAAAGGAUAGUUGAAGAACAAUCUUUAAUACUAUUUAUCCCCAUCUGUACGUAUCCAUUUCAGUGUAAAGCACACCAAAACUGAACCCUGCUUUAGAGCUAUGUAUUGAGCUAAAAAUACAGUUUUUAAAAACUGACUUUAGCAAAAUCUGUGGCCACAUUAAGAAGCCUUAGAAAGUGGCAAAUACUUUCUAUCUCCAGUUGCCCAAGCUUUAUCUUUUUUCUGUUUCCUCAGACUUUUGUAGCAAAAGGCUACACAACAGUUCACAGUCAGAACUCUUUUGGUCAUUUUGCCUGCCUUCUUCUCUAAGCUCCAUUUUGUUCUUGCCUGUAGUUAUGAAUCUCAGGGCAUUAAAGCCCUCACAAAAAGGCUAAUAAGGCAAGGAGCCAAGGAGAUGUACUGUCUUGCUAUAGAUAUCUCUGUGUUGUGUGAAAUGUCUAUAUUAAUUUUUUAAAAGAGGAAAUACCCUAGCUUUUUUAUGGCCCCUCGAAAUUGCUUGCUGCAUUUGUUCAGGCAGUUGACCUUUUCAUUUUCUCCUAUUUUUGUCUCAAGACUAGAUAUGAAGAAGGAGCCUUUUUCUUCUCAGUUAACGGACCCAUAAGGAAAACCAUCUAGAGAUUUUUUUGUGAUUCUUUAGAAGUGACUCCCACUGGUGAAAUUGAUUGGCCACAGGGCUUCCAUGGGUGGAAACUUUGGAGGGUGUUUUUAUUGGGCUUGG